GUGAGCACCGAACCGAGCCGAGCAUCUUAUUUUGAUCUUAUUAGUUAUUUAGUCUGUGCUGCAGUGAGCCUCAAAAAUAGUAAUGAAAUGAAUAUUUGAAUAAUUCCCAGUGCUGUGCAUCUCCGCUGUGAUAGCUUCAUCAUCUCCUCUUAUAAUGGUCUAACAACUUCAUUAUGUUUUAAAAAGGUGAUUUAUUUUACUACGGACGUGAAAGAUAUAUCUACAAUUUUAUUACAUAUCGUUUUUGAACUCAAAAGUUUGGUUUUCAAUUAGAACCAAAUAAGAAACAUGACGCGCCGUUGUUUUUUAAAAUGUUUACUAGAUUCACAUGCACCCAUAAAGCUGCCUCAUAGAGAGGAAGUGAUAGUCGGACGCAGUAAAAUAACCAAAAUCAAAGAUCAAUCUUGCUCUAGGCAGCAAAUUAGCUGCAAAGCCGACUGUGAAGCUGGUUUUGUGGAGGUGAAGCAGCUGGGAAUAAAUCCAGCUGGUCUGGACGGCUUUGCAUUAGCUAAAUGUGGAGUGUACAGACUUGGGCAUGGAAGUAAAAUAGAAGUCUUAUUGAACCACUAUGUUCAUGUCAUUGAGUUUGAUCCUCCACCUGAUGAGGCUGAACCCAAACACAGUGGCAAGAGGAAACUAGAAGAAGAUGAAACAACACCAAUGAAAAGGAAAGCCCUGAAAAUGGAGCCAGAGAAAGACUUUAAAGAUACACCCUUGGGGAAGGAAACUACAGAAGACCUGUGGGAAGAAAUUGAUAAUCGUGAACUUUACAUUUUUACUUCAAAGGGAGUUCGGUCUAGCAGCAAGAUAGCCGCUUUUGACAUGGACGGUACUCUUAUUAAAACAAAAUCUGGUAAAGUGCACCCAGUGGACUUAAAUGACUGGCAGAUAGCAUUCCCUCCUGUUCCACAAAAAUUAAAAGACUUGUUGUCUCAGGGAUUCAAGAUUGUGAUUCUGAGUAACCAAGCUCCUAUUGGGAAUGGGAGGGUUAAAAUAGAAGAUUUUAAAAAGAAAAUUGAGAGUAUAGUUCAGAAAUUAGAUAUUCCUAUUCAGGCUUACAUAGCAACAGGGAAAGGGUUCUACAGGAAACCAACAACUGGCAUGUGGAAGAUUUUGUCAGAGCAGAAAAACGACAGUAUAGAUAUUAAUAUGGAUGAGUCUUUCUACUGUGGUGAUGCAGCAGGCAGAGUGGCUAACUGGGCUCCGGGAAAGAAGAAGGACCACUCUAUGGCAGACAAACUUAUGGCAGAGAAUCUAGGUCUUAGGUUCUACACCCCUGAGCAAUUUUUCCUCGGCCAUUCUAUAAACAAUGUGCAGAUGAGCAAACCUGAGUUUAUUCCUUCAGAAUUAACAUCUGAACCAUUCAAUGAAAAUCUUAUUGGUACCAACCAGGAGAUUCUAGUAUUAGUAGGAUUUCCAGGAAGUGGCAAGUCAUUUGUAGCAAAACAAAUUGAACAAAACUCUGGUAAUAAAUAUGUGGCAGUCUGCAGAGAUGUUCUGGGUACUUGGCAGAAAUGUGCUGCAAAAGCUACGGAGUUAAUACAGAAAGGAAAAAGCGUGAUAGUGGACAGCACCAAUCCCGACGUGGAGUCGCGUGCUCGCUGGACGUCUCUAGCCAGGGAGAUGAAGGUGGAGUGCCGAUGCGCCAAGAUGGCGACUAGUAAAGCACAUGCGCGGCACAACAACAAGUUCAGGGAGCUUAUGAAAGUCAAGCACGUGCCCGUCAACGACAUCGUCUUUAACACUUACAAAAAUAAAUAUGCUGAUCCUACAGCAAGUGAAGGUUUUAAAGAAGUGAUUGAAGUGAAAUUCAAUCCCAGUUUCGAAGACAAAGAAGCAGAGGCGCUUUACAAAAUGCAUCUGUUAGAAAAAUGAAAUUCAUGAAGUAGGUAAUUAUUAUUUUAUUUAUAAAAACCGUGAUACAGAAAUAAACAGUUAAUAUUCCA